AUGGGUGCCAAAAGCUUGUUUCUUUUUCUUUUAGGCCACCAAUGCCUAACCAAUGGCUUUGUUGGCCUGGAUCCCAAGGGUCCUAAGAGUCAAUACAUCCCGAAAGUUCAAGACUGGGACAAAGCUGCGGCUAAGGCUGCUGAGCUUGUAUCUAAGCUCAAUAUCACUGAGAAGGCUGACACAGUUACGGGAAGCUUGUCAGAUGGUUCAGGCACCGGCUGUGUGGGUAGAAUCCGCCCGGUUGAGAGAGUGGGAUUCCACGGAUUAUGCCUCCUGGAUGGACCCAAUGCAGUCAAUCGGGCAGACCUUGUGAGCAUCUUUCCAUCUGGAAUAUCCGCAGCGGCGAGUUGGGAUCGUCAGGCGCUCCUAGAGCGUGGUAUUGCCCUGGCUGAAGAGUUCAAGGCCAAAGGAGGACACGUGAUUCUUGGGCCCACUACUGGUCCCCUUGGACGUCACCCCCUUGGAGGUAGGAACUGGGAAGGGUUCUCUCCUGACCCGUUUCUAUCUGGUGAAGCCAUCAAAUACACUGUCAUGGGUCACCAGUCCGUUGGUGUUCAGACGUCGUCGAAGCAUUUCGUGGCAAAUGAGCAAGAAACGCAGAGGUCCGACACAGUUCAAGAUGAUGGCUCCAUUGUCCAGGGUAUCUCAUCGAAUAUCGACGAUCGCACUCUGCAUGAGCUCUAUCUGUGGCCAUUUGCGGAUGCUCUGAAAGCUGGAACAACCUCGAUUAUGUGCAGCUACAACCGCUUGAACGGUACGUAUGCUUGCGAACACCCCCGACUGCUCAACGAGAUUCUACGCAAAGAGCUCGGGUUCCGUGGCUAUGUCGUUUCUGACUGGUUUGCAACCCAUUCAACAAGCGUGGCUGCCAACGCUGGCCUCGACGUGGAGCAGCCCGGAGACUUGCCUCCGGGAGUCACCGUUUCACACGGCGGUGGCGGCUACUACGGAUCUAGCCUGGUGGAGGCGGUGCAAGCUGGCAAUAUCACUGAGGAGCGUCUUGACGAGAUGGUUACCAAUCUCUUGACCCCAUACUUCCUUCUCGGUCAAGACAGCGAGGACUAUCCUACUGUGGAUUCAAGCAUGCGUUUCCUUCUCACCAUCAGCAACUCCGGAUGGACUUCAAAGUUUCUCCAAGGACUCGGUCCAUCUAUUACGGGUCGUGAUGUCCGAGGCGACCAUCACCAGUUGAUUCGCAAGCAUGGCGCUUCCGCAUCUGUUCUUCUCAAGAACAAGAAUGAGUUUCUUCCCCUCGAGCUCACGAAGACGAAAAAUAUUGGUAUCUUUGGAAAUGCUGCUAUUGACCCUACCGAAGGCUUGUUUUAUACUGAGACAAGCGAUCCGUUAUACGGACCCGAGUAUGGCCCAAUCACGGUUGGGGGUGGCGCAGGCUCUGGUCGAAACUCGUACCUGGUGUCUCCCCUUCAGGCAAUCCGAUCCCACGCCAGCAAGACAAAGGCCAUUGUACAGCACCUUGCCUCGCAUGACUUGAUAUCUAAGAACGAUUUCCGGUCUAUCUACCCUGUUCCGGACGUCUGCGUCGUUUUCCUCAAAUCUUGGGCAGCCGAGACUCAUGACAGACUAUCAUUCGAACUGGAUUGGAACUCGACCGCCAUCGUCAGGAACGUUGCUAACUUUUGCGGUGCCAAUAAGACGGUUGUUGUCACGAACUCGGCUGGUGUCAACACCCUGCCUUGGGCCAAUAAUGACAAUGUAACGGCAAUUCUUGCUACACAUUUCCCAGGCCAGGAGAUUGGAAACUCUAUCGUCGAUGUCCUCUGGGGUCAGAUUGAGCCGAGCGGAAGGCUACCUUACACUAUCCCCAAAACCGAGGAAGACUAUGGUUUCCCUGUUGUCAAUAUUACCGAUGCCGAAGGUAACCCAUCGCGAGACUCAUCAAAGUGGCAAGCCGACUUUACCGAAAAGCAACUGAUCGACUAUCGGCACUUUGAUGCGAAGGGUAUCGAGCCUCUUUAUGAGUUCGGAUUUGGCUUGGGCUAUACGACCUUUGAGCUGGAUCGUCAGGUCAAGGCCUCCAAGUUUACGAAGAAGACCAUUUCAGAGCUCCCCAAUGCCCAGGCUAAGAUUGAGCCUGGCGGCAACACUGAUCUCUGGACAGAGCUGAUCCGAGUUUCGACCAAGGUCAAGAACACUGGAGCCCGAAAGGGUAGUACCGUGGUGCAGCUAUACCUCUCAUUCCCCGAAGGCGUCGAGGAUGCGCCAGUCAGAGUUCUCAGGGGAUUUGAAAAGGUCGAGUUGGGCUCCAAGAAGUCCAAGAAGAUCGAAUUUGCACUUAAGCGACGCGAUGUGAGCUACUGGGACGUUGGGGCGCAGCAGUGGAGGAUCCCUAAGGGCGAGUUCAAGUUGUCUGUCGGGUUUAGUUCUCGAGACCUUGUCGCGGAGAUAACGACCAAUGUCCUCGGAUAG